AACGGAAAGACCAAUCUACUACACAUCCCGAAUGCUAGCUGGCGCGGAGACAAGAUACUCCCCGAUUGAGAAAGCCGCCUUGGCCUUAGUGAACGCCUCACAAAAGUUGCGCCCCUACUUCCAAUCACACGCAAUCACAGUGCUCACAAACCUGCCGCUGAAGAGAAUCCUAAGCUCGAUGGAAGUGUCGGGCCGGAUGACAAAAUGGGCGGUUGAAUUGUCAGAAUACGACAUACAAUACGCGUCAAAGCCAGCAAUCAAAGCGCAAGUCCUUGCCGACUUCGUAGCGGAAGGAGUAACGUUGUGCGACAAAAACGACGAAGCAUGGGAGAUCUACGUUGACGGGGCGGCUAGCAAACACGGAGCGGGAGCAGGUGUUGUCGUGAAAAUGCCCACAGGAGCUAUUCACGAAAUCGCCAUCCGUUUCCAAACCCUCAAAACCAACAACGCCUCGGAAUACGAAGCAAUACUCGCGGGAUUGACUGCCGCAGAGACCUAGGCGCGAGAACAGUACAGAUCCUUUCCGACUCCUCCAUCGCUGUCAACUAGUUGAAUGGGGUCUUCGACGCCAAAGAGGACACACUGUCCCAGUACAUCGAGCGGGUGAGGGCAUGGGAAUCCCAAUUCGAAGCUGUCACGUAUGUCCAGAUACCGAGAGAGGAGAACAUGCAUGCGGAUGCACUUUCCAAAUUAGCCACGGCGACAGACUUCGACACAACAAGAUUGGUCUCCGUGCAGAAAGAGGAUCAAGAUCCAUCACGCAGCGUGAAUGCAACACAGAUAGAUGAAAGCGACUGGCGAACACCAAUCAUCGAGUUCUUGACGAGCGGCGCGAUACCAGAAGACACAAAAAAGCAUGGGCGCUCAGGCAGAACUCCAGGUGUAUACCUAAAGUGUGUAGGACAAACUCCACAGGCGACGACAAACUCCACAGGCGCUCACACUCAGGUGUAUACCUAAAGUGUGUAGGACCAUAUGAGGCGCGAGAUAUCGUACAAGACAUACACGAAGGCAUUUGCGCAAUGCAUUGUGGCGCGCGCAGCAUGGAGCGCAACAUCCUCCUACAAGGGUAUUACUGGCCACGCAUAAAAAAAGACGCGAAGAAAUUUGUUGAUCAAUGCCACAAAUGCCAGCUGAAUGCGUGGCAGCAUCACAUACCAUCCACAGAGCUCCAAUGAAAUGUAAGCCCAUGC